AUGAAGAAAGUCGUAAAUAUUUUGAAAAGGACAUCUCAUAUCUUAUAUGCUGAACAACCUCAUCAAGUUGAACCAGCUUAUGCUAAUUCAAUUCUUAUUACAAUACGUUAUAGUUUAGCUCGUGUAUGCGAAGCAUCAUUUGAAUUUAAUAAAACUGAAACAUUAUAUAAAGAAAUUUUACGUGAACAUUCCAAAUAUGUUGAUUGUGUACUUCGUUUGGGUUCUAUGGUACAUGAUCGUGGUCAAAUUUAUAGUGCAUCUCAUUGGUUUAAAGAUGUACUGGAAAUUAAUCAUAAUUCACCGAAUGCAUGGACUAUGAUUGAAUAUAUACAUGCGACAAAUCAAGAAUGGAGACCUUGA